CACCGCUUCCUCGUUCAUUAGUUUUAAGGAAAACAGUGCCUGAAGAAGAUCAAAAAAGUUUAUGUUUCCUUCUGUGUGGACGGCAAAAACUAACUCACAACGUUUCCGAGUGAGUUUCCUGUUUGUCUGGCUUAUUAUUUGUUUGUUAUAAGCGGUUCUAGCAGAGUUAUAGUCGGAAAAGUUCAACCGAAAUUAGCAGCUAGUUAGCAUUCUCGCUUCUGUUUCUUCAACUGUCGCAAUUCAGAUUCCAGGCGACAUGGAGAAAGCAGGCAGCGUCUGAAGUCCAGGGCAGAAUUCAUGAUCUGAGUUUUUCCACCACGAGAAAGUCUGAGUUUAUUUCCAGGUCUGAAUGGCCACAGCUGCAGAGGAGCCUCCGGGGCUGCAGGGAACCUCUGGGUAUUCAACAGGGGUCAGAAAAAAUGCUCCUCCUGAGGGACCAAGUGCGACUAUGUCUCCUAACAUGAAGAAAACUAUUGGACAUCGAGGAAUUGAUCCAACAGGGGAGACCACAUACAAAAAGACGACAUCGUCUGCCCUGAAAGGUGCGAUCCAGCUCGGCAUCACUCACACUGUUGGCAGCUUGAGCCAGAAACCUGAGCGAGACGUCCUGCUGCAGGACUUUGAAGUAGUGGAAAGCAUCUUCUUUCCCAGCGAGGGUAGUAAUCUGACGCCAGCUCACCACUAUGGAGACUUCAGGUUCAAGACGUACGCCCCAAUCGCCUUUCGCUACUUCAGGGAGAUGUUUGGCAUCCGGCCUGAUGACUACAUGUAUUCUCUGUGUAAUGAGUCACUGAUCGAGCUGUCCAACUCUGGAGCCAGUGGAUCUCUCUUCUACCUCUCCAGUGAUGAUGAGUACAUCAUUAAGACAGUGCAGCACAAAGAGGCAGAAUUUCUGCAAAAGCUGCUUCCAGGAUACUUCAUGAACUUGAACCAGAACAAGCGGACCUUAUUACCAAAGUUUUAUGGACUGUACUGCGUCCAGGCAGCAGGGAAGAACAUCCGUAUCGUAGUCAUGAACAAUCUGCUCCCAAGCACUGUACGAAUGCACCUCAAGUAUGACCUAAAGGGCUCCACUUACAAGAGAAGAGCUUCGGUUAAAGAGAGGGAGAAAAAAGUACCCACGUACAAGGACCUUGAUUUCAUGCAGGACAUGCAGGAGGGGCUGUUAAUGGAAGGGGACAAGUACAGUGCUGUGUGCAAGACCAUCCAGAGAGACUGUCUGCUGCUGCAAAGUUUUAAGAUUAUGGAUUACAGCCUCCUGGUCGGAGUCCAUAAUUUAGACCAGGCUUGUCGAGAGCAGGCCAGUGAAGAGGCGGGGGCAGCGUGCGCGGACCAAAGGAGACCCCAAGGCCAGAAGUCCCUGUACAGCACGGCCAUCGAGGCCAUCCAGGCAGAAGCAGGGAGUGUGGGAUCAACAGAACCAGAGGACCAAACGGGAGGAAUCCCCGCACGAAAUGCAAAAGGCGAGAGGCUGCUGGUCUAUAUAGGUAUCAUUGACAUUCUACAGUCUUACAGAUUAGUAAAGAAGCUUGAACACUCGUGGAAAGCUCUGGUUCAUGAUGGGGACACUGUGUCAGUACACAGACCGAGUUUUUAUGCAGAAAGAUUCCAGAAGUUCAUGUGCAACACGGUCUUCAGAAAACUCUCACUAAAGACCUCCCCAUCUAAGAAGCGCCGAGCAUUGACACACGGUCCUCUGAGAAAGGCGGGCGCCUCUGGGCCGCCUCUUUCGACCCAAACGAGCACCAACAGUCAGCUCCAACAUCAAAUCAGCACCGACACAAAAGAAGAUGCUGAAGCAGACAGCGGCAUGCAGUCAGGUCGUCCUGACCUCCUCCCAGACACCUCACUGCCAAACGAAUUAGUUGGCAACGCUUCUGAAACCACAGACUCCUUCUCCUCGUCUAUGGGAAUCUCUGGAUUUACUCCCUCAGCUCAGCCUUCACCUCGCUCACAGAGCAGCCGAUCAGGGGCAGUGGAUUUAAACAGCAUGUUGAGUAAAGCCCAGGAGCACAGCACCCCUAAGAGCUCUCAGGUUGAGACUCUUGAAGACAGUAUUGGCUCAGUCGAUGUGAUCUCACUCAGUGACAUCGUUCCUACUGCAGGCAAAUGUUCUGUGUAGGUGUGGUAAAGAAUUAUGGAACCAAACUAAUGGAAGCAAACUUUGAGGACGUUCUGAGCAUGGAUCAAAUGUUACAGCCCACCUUGGUGCGAUUUUAGGUACCACAACAGAAAAUCUGUGUCGCAGUGUAACCAAGUGGGAUAUUAUUUUGUUCUUCUUGUCGUUGUUUUUGCACUUUGAUUUCCAACUAUGAACCUGGUAUGAACUUGUCAGUUUGUGGUGGUGGUUCUGACACUAGUGAUUCGGGGCUUACAUUCAUGCUGUGUUGUUAUUGAACACUAUUACUCAUCUCAGAGGAAUGAUUAGAUGCUCAACCAAAGAUUCUUCUUCACUCUGAUGUGCUUAAUGUGAGGACUCUGCCUUAUUUCAGAACAGUUUUCUGACUUUUUAUUUUUAUAAAUUCCACUAAGUAGAAAAUUGCUGUAGCACCUUUUUACAUAUUUUACUGGACCCUGUGACUCAGCGUUCUGCUAUGACUUUAACUAACAUGCUUUAACAAAAACAAACAUUUUAUUUGGAUAAAGGUUUAAAUAAACAGAUUACUUUAAAUAUCCCCUUAUUAUUGAAGGGUAAACAGAUAUUUUAAGACUUACUCUAUGCAACUUAUGCUGGAAAAAGCAGUGAUUCUCUACCUGUGAGUCUUGUUUUGGACCUGAAAGACUGUGAAGCUGUCCUCUUCCAUGUUCAGGUCAACAGGUUAUUUAAGAGCAUAAACACUAUAUAAAUGUAUAUCCAUCUAUCAAAGAUCUAAUCUGAAAAUGUGUUUGGUCAAAGCAGUGAAAAAGGCAUGGACCUAAAGGUCUGUCCCAUGAAGCAGGAACAGCCUGAUAGGCAGAAACCAGUGCACCUAAAGCAACACACCAAACCAUCAUCGGUUUAGUGUAAGGAGGACGUCGAGUCUUGUGUUCUUACAGGGUUUCGCUUUACAAUUAAACAACAAUACACAAAAGUAUCACGUUGCAGAGAGCUUGGUAUAUACAAUAUUACAAACCUGGUACAAUCACUUUAUUUUUAAUUAAGAUAAAUGACGAUAUAGAUCAUUGUAUAGGUAAUGUUUGUAUUACAAACCGGUGUUCCUCUCUGGUUGUAAAACUAAAACUGCAAAAUGUAGACAACUCUUCAAACUACCUGUUAAUGAAAUGUACUGUUUUCUAGUAUUCCUAUUGGUUCAGUAUGUGUGUAUUCUCGAAAUUGUAGCCUUCAAGAACAAAUUUUGUUUGUUGGAUGAAAAGAUAGCAGGAUUUUGAUGUGAGGAUGACAUAGCAUAUGGUUUGAUGUAAUGGCAUCUACUUUUAAAACCCAGUUGUAUUUUUACAGCCAGUAGGCAUUAACACUGCAAUAUUGUGUGUUCGUGUUUGAUAGUGUAAGUAGUAUUACAGUUUUUUGAACACAAAAGAAAUAUUUUGUAAUUCAAUGAAAAGAGCUUGCUGCUUUGGAGGUAGGAGGUUUGUAACCUAAGUAUAUUUCUUGUUAAAGAAGCUAACCAUGGAUAAGAAAAUAAAAUGAAAAAUGCAGGCUAGAAGGAUGUUUGACUUUGCUGCUAAAACAAAACUGUGCUGGUGGUGCAUUUCUCACUCUUCUUUUGAGCUACUAAAAUCUAAAAAAAACAAAAAAGCAACAAAAACUCACCAUGGUAUGGAUUACUCACACCUUAGGUAUCUCUUACCUUUCUAGUGUCUUUAUGUCAAUCACAUAUUAGAACCAACUGGUGAAAGAACAGAUUUAUCAUGUGUUGGUUCUUGAUUUUUCUGUUUCCCGUUCUUCCCUUUUCACAUAUAUAUAUAAUGUUUUAUAUCUCUAGAAAAAAGUGGUGAUGGCUGCCUGGUGUGUAAAAACAUAGAGGACCAAAACUUUUAUAAGCUCAAACUGGUAUAAGUUGUAAAAAUUGAUUAGUUGAGUGAGUUUUGGCUUUUAAAAUAGGGAUGCCGUUUUUAAAAUUGGAUGUAUUGAUUGGGACAAGUUUCAUUAAAUUGUUCAUCAUUUGGACUUGAAAAAACCUGAAAUUAUGUUUUGU